GCCUAUACCAGUUCACAUUUGGGUUCUCUUCCUCUAUCGUGCGGUGGCUGUCUGAGUGGAGUAUUCAUUUUUUUGUUGUUGUUGUUGUACUUCCACAUUUUCUAAAAUGGGGAAAUAUGACAUGCCCAGCACACUCAGUGAUCAAAAGUGCAGUGAAGAGAGACGGGAUAACAAAGACUUUCGAACGAGAAGCGGUCGUGCAAAAGUUCGAAAGUAUGCUAAUCGUCAAGCAUUUCAAGAUCGUCGAAAGCCAUGGACAACCACAAAUGGCGCAACUUGCAGUCCUAAUCAUUUCGAUACCGCGGUGGACGAUCCGACUUUUAGCAUAUCCAGCGAAUCGAAUACUAGUCGCACAGAAUUGAAGAAUUGCACUAUUCAGGCUGGAGAACCAUCUUUAUGGCUCAGCGGUUCCUCUGUUUGGACAGAGGAUCAACUUAAGAACAGUAUAGACGAAUUACUGAGUAACCAAGAAGCGAGCUCAGUCCACAUCAAAACCAUACUAGGAUCAACUGAACAGUCACGCAAUUGGUGUGAAUUACCUUCUUCCUGUUACAAUGCAGCAAUCCUGUACGCUUCAAUGACGACCAACAUUGCGAUGUUACGGUUUUUUCUUCAGCACGGAGCUAGCCCCAAAGCUGCAGAUUGCGAGCAGAGAACAGCACUACAUUAUGCUGCCAGUUCUUCGGCUGUGGCAGCAGCCGACUGUAUAAUUUCACUGAGAGAAUACGGUGCUGAAAUCAAUCCUUGGGAUAAACUCGGAGUUGCUACUCCGUUGAUUUGUGCCGCAGCCGCAGGAAACGCUGAUGCGGUUAAAGUUCUGCUUCACGCCGGUGCGGAUGUCAAUGCUGGUUUAGCCGACCCCAAAUAUCCCGACAGUUCGACGCCUCUCGUUUGGGCCGUUCGGGCCCGUAGUGCCACUUGCGCAAUCCAUUUACUUGAAGCCGGAGCUGCUGUCAACAGUCCGCAGGCGUAUAGCGAAGCACCGAUACACGUAGCAGCAACUCAAGGAGACACAGAUUUGAUGGAGCUGCUCUUGCAGAAAAAGGCAGACAUUCGUGUACUGUUCGGUCGUGAACGAAUGAGUGCCUUGCAUUUGGCAGCGGAGCGUGGAAACUCUGGUUGCAUUCAUUUGUUACUGAAUGCCAAAGCAGAUUGUAACACCGUUAAUUUUCGCGGCCAAACUCCUCUACAUUUGGCUACUUUAUCACAAUCAGUUGAAUCUGUCGCAGCACUGCUAGAAGCCGGAGCGAGGCACGACAUUUGUGAUAACGAGCUCAAAUCUCCACUACACAGCGCUAUCAUUAAAACCUCACGUUCCACUGAUAUUGUGCAUCUUUUGAUCACUGCGGGAGCUGAUAUAAACGGGCGUGACAAUUUCGGUUGCACACCUCUUCAUCUUGCAGCCAUCAAUGAGAAUUCCAAGGCUGCUACAGUCCUCGUUCAAGCUGGAGCAGAUCUGUCAGCCAAAACAAAAGGCGGGGUCUCUGCUCUGGACUUUCUGGUUCGACGAACUCCGGACGUUCUUGCCACUAUUCCCCGUCGACUCGAUUCCGCUGUGAUAGUGGCAGAUCACGAUCCACUUGACCCCGAUUGCGAACUGCAUUUGGAUUUCAACGUUAUCGUGCCCGGAGGAGAUCAACAACGUCUCGGUGAAACGGGAUUUUUGAUUACUCUAGUGGCAGCCGGACAGAGACACAUUCUUCAGCAUCCGAUUAUAAGAGCCUUUUUGCACUUGAAAUGGUUCAAGAUUCGCUCGCUUUUCAUCGUUUCUCUUCUUUUUCACGCCGUUUUUGUCCUCUCUCUGAGUGCCAACAUCCUUUCAAUCUACGUCGUCCAUCGCAACCGCAACUGUUCAGUAGCCAAUAACCAGCAACCGCCAUUGAACAAUGAAUCGGAUGUAAUGUGGGAUUCAACCCAUUGUCUAUAUCCUCAAUGGCCGUUGUGGUUACAAGACGCUUUUAAAUACUUGAAUUUGGCUUUUGGAGCUCUAUCGUUAGGAAAAGAAUUCUUCCAGCUGCUUCAAACGCCAAGCGAAUAUGUUCGCAGCUCUGAAAACUACAUACAGUGCUUCCUCAUUAUCGGUGUUGUGGCCAUCAAUCUGCCCAAGAAUUUGAACCACGGAGACUGGCAACAACAUAUGGCUGCAAUAAUUAUAGUAGUGGCUUGGAUGGAACUCAUGAUGCACGUUGGAAGAUUCCCAGUGUUUGGACUCUACGUGCAAAUGUUCACCACCGUUGCUGCCAAUAUCGCCAAGUUCCUAACGGCCUAUAUGAGUUUGAUUAUUGGUUUCUCUUUAGGAUUAUCCGUUCUCUACCCUGAAACAAAAUCUCUUGCACUUCUACCGUAUUCUUUGGUAACCACAGUCGUGAUGAUGACAGGAGAGCUCGAGUACAGCAAAUACUUUUACGACGAUGGUUAUAGACCUAUUUAUCCAAUCACCACACUUGUGGUCUUCUUAGCCUUUCUUCUUUUCGUUGUCGUCGUGCUGAUGAACUUACUCGUUGGUUUGGCCGUCUCCGACAUUCAAGGCCUUCGCAAAUCGGCUGGAUUGGAUCGCUUAGUCAGGCAAACACGACUGAUUGCUCGUAUGGAAAGCAUUGUUUUUUCUCCUUGGUUGAAUCAACUGCCGUGCUGGUUUGACACACGAGCUAGAAAAUUUAUACAGAGAAAAAUUCUCGUUGUGCCUCCUACUCACCACCGACUGUACACUGUCCGACCUAACGAUCCGCGUGACAAUCGUUUUCCUCCGGACAUCAAAGACAAUAUUUUGAAAAUUCUGUUGGCUAAACCACACAAGAAAUCCUAUCGUGAGCUUCAUCGCAGUAAUACGAAUCAGUCGGCUCCUCUGACUGAAGAAUUAUUCGAUGAGUUGAUGCAAAAUGUGCAUCGACUGUGCCACAAUUGCGUGUCGCAGAUAGUCCUCAUGAAUAGUUCGGUGGAAAAUCGAUUGUCUAAACUAGAGAAUCAAUGGAUUUCCACGAAAAAACAGUUAGACACGUUGAUCGGAAUACUAACGGAGAGGCCAUUACCACCGGGUCCCUCCCCGGCGGACAGCAACACAAUGCAAAUUCCCCUGGACUUUCUAGCCAUAAUUUCUAAACAAAAGUAUUUCAAAGGGAAGAAAAGUAAAGGAAUUUUGAUUUAACUCUAUCACGUUCUGUGGUUAGACUAAUACCGUUUUUCAAGCGUUGCUUGAAUAUUACUUGCCGCAUUUUGUAUAGUGGAUUUUCAAGUGACAUUUAUGUGUGGCUUUGAUAUAUUUGAGCUAUUUAGCUAUGCAAUGCCCCUCUUUUAGUUGGGUAAUUUAACUAACUUUGUACCAAGCAUAAAUUUCUGCCGUUCAAGCAAUAAUUUUCGUUCAUCUUUGUUCUUUUAAACGACGUUGGCAGAGUAUCUGCUACAAACAUGUAUCCCCAAUCAAGAAAGCUAAGAAAUACAAGAUUUGAUUGUAAUCCGA